AUGACUUCGACGCCCCUUCCCAAGACCCCCAUGACUUCGACGCCCCUUCCCAAGACCCCCAUGACUUCGACGCCCCUUCCCAAGACCCCCAUGACUUCGACGCCCCUUUCGACGCCCCUUCCAAAGACCCCCAUGACCAAGACCCCCAUGACUUCGACGCCCCUUCCCAAGACCCCCAUGACUUCGACGCCCCUUCCCAAGACCCCCCAUGACUUCGACGCCCCUUCCCAAGACCCCCAAGACUUCGACGCCCCUUCCCAAGACCCCCAUGACUUCGACGCCCCUUCCCAAGACCCCCAUGACUUCGACGCCCCUUCCGCCCCUUCCAAAGACCCCCAUGACUUCGACGCCCCUUCCCAAGACCCCUAUGACUUCGACGCCCCUUCCCAAACCCCCCAUGACUUCGACGCCCCUUCCAAAGACCCCACAUGA